AUUUUCCCCACGUAUUUAGGCAUGGACCGCACCGCCGCCGGCGGUUGUGGUGCGGCGGGGGGCGGCGGUCUGGGCGUUGGCGUGGUCACUAGCUCGGCCACGGCCCUCGGUCCCGGCGGUAUAGCCAAUGGAGGCGGUGGCGUGGUCAGUGGUGGAGCCCUCAAUGGCCUGGAGGCCAUGUCGGCUGAGUCUACGGGCCUGUGUCUGCAGGAUUUGGUCAGUGCCGGAACAGCCAAUGGAGCUGGCUCGGCAGGAUCGGCGGAAAGUGCCACAACCACAAGCACUGCGCUAAGCAGCGGCAGCACUGGCAGUUCCACGGUCAACGGAGGAGGAAGCAGCACCUCCGGCACGGAGCACCUGCAUAGCCAUCACAGCCUGCACGAUUCCAGCUCCUCGGUCAGCAUCUCACCCGCCAUAUCCAGCUUGAUGCCCAUCAGCAGUCUGAGCCACCUGCAUCACACGGCCGCCGCCGGGCAGGAUCUGGUGGGUGUGGGUGUCGGCGGUUACUCGCAGCAUCCGCAUCAUGCCGUGGUGCCGCCGCACACGCCCAAGCACGAGCCGCUCGAGAAACUCAGAAGCUUGUUCUUUUCAGUUUGGGCCGAAACCGGCGAUUUCCGUGAUAGUCAUAGCUCCAUGACCGCCGUAGCAAAUAGUUUGGACAGCACCCACUUGAACAACUUUCAGACGUCAUCGACAUCGACGCUGUCGAAUCGAAGUCGGGAUCGCAAAGAUGGCAAUCGCAGUGUAAAUGAGACCACGAUCAAGACAGAGAACAUAUCAAGUUCAGGUCAUGAUGAGCCAAUGACCACCAGUGGCGAAGAGCCCAAAAACGACAAGAAGAACAAAAGGCAAAGACGUCAGAGGACGCACUUCACCUCGCAGCAACUGCAGGAGUUGGAGCACACCUUCAGCCGGAACAGGUAUCCGGACAUGUCCACCCGCGAGGAGAUUGCCAUGUGGACCAAUCUAACGGAGGCGCGAGUCAGGGUAUGGUUCAAGAACCGACGGGCCAAGUGGCGCAAGAGGGAGCGCAAUGCCAUGAAUGCGGCUGUGGCAGCGGCGGACUUCAAGUCCGGAUUCGGGACACAGUUCAUGCAGCCGUUUGCCGAUGACUCGCUGUACAGCUCGUAUCCGUACAAUAACUGGACCAAGGUUCCCUCGCCGCUGGGCACCAAACCCUUCCCGUGGCCUGUGAAUCCUUUGGGAUCGAUGGUGGCCAGCAAUCAUCACCAGAACUCGGUGAAUUGCUUCAACACGGGCGCCAGCGGGGUGGCUGUGAGCAUGAACAAUGCGGCAUCGAUGCUGCCGGGCUCGAUGGGCUCCUCGCUGAGCUCCUCGCUGGGCAAUGGCUCCAAUGUGGGUGCCGUGGGUGCCCCCUGUCCGUACACGAGCCCCGCCAAUCCGUACAUGUAUCGCGCCGCCGCCGAGCCGUGCAUGUCCUCCAGCAUGUCCUCGAGCAUCGCCACGCUGCGGCUGAAGGCCAAGCAGCACGCCUCCGCCGGUUUCGGCAGUCCCUACUCCGCACCAUCGCCCGUGUCCAGAUCCAAUUCCGCCGGCCUCUCCGCCUGCCAGUACACGGGCGUGGGCGUGGCGGACGUGGUCUGA